AUUGGCUAAUGACGUUGUCCUUUGGGACUCUCGUCAUCACAAAACCGUUUCUUUCCGAUCUCCAACAAUAGUCACGUUUUAAGGAUGUUACUUAAUUCUGUAAAAUCAACGAGGAACGCAAACAUUUAACGUUCUAAACAAUGCACAUUUUAAGAUACUCACUGACAUCUCCGAUUGACAAAUGUAGAUAAUGAAUUUUCUGAGAUUAAAGUCAUUCAGAUGCUUCAAAGAAUCUUGAAAAUGUUACUAAUCCCCGUAAAACCCUACUAUACCCAAGUUUACCAGGAAAUUUGGGUAGGAAUCAGGUUAAUGACCAUCCUUUUUAAAAUCAGGAGUGCUUUCAAAAUCAGUAAAGCCUUCAAAUCCAGUUCUGCACAUGACCACAGCCAUCAUUAA